UUUACAUGUGUUUACAUCCAAGUUAUGACAAUAUUAUGACAAUAAUUAUUAUGAAUCAAAAUGAUUGCUAAAAAACUAAUUAACAAUUGUUUACGAAUUUUAUUAAUAUUUAUUUGUAUUUAUUUCGAAUUUGCAAAUGCCAAAACGUCAAUAAAUCCAAAGGUUGAUUAUUCUGUUGAUGGACAUGGAUUUCACAGAAAAAUUAAUUACACCGUUACAAUGGAAAAUUUGGAUGAUGUUUCGAAUUGUUAUUUGGCAAUCCAUGUAAAUCUUCCAACAUCAUUGUACGUUAAUGUUGAUGAAUUAGCUGAUUUACAAAGACUCAAUGAGAAUACUGUUUGUUCUGAUGGUGAAACAAAUGUCGAGGUAUUUGCUGAAAAUGCUGGCAGUCAACAAGUAACAAUUUGUAAAUAUUUAAAUUCCAAAGAAAGCAAUUUAAUAUUACCACUUCAUCAACGUUAUCAUGCACCAUUAAAUAAUGCAAGUUACAUUAAUGUAACAAUUCCAAAAGCCAAGUUAUUAUUAGGAUGUGAAAAACGUAUUGCUGAAUAUCCUGUAUCUAAAAUUGAUCUAUGUUCACCUUGUGUUGAUCUUUCAAUAAAAUGGCGAGAAGUACCAUACAAAAUUAACAAGGAUAAUUACAUCUGGACAAUACCAGUUGGUGAUACUUCAAAUAAAGAUUUGACAAUUAUUUUAACAAUACUAUCAAGUAUUAUUGGUACAAUUUUCGUUCUACGAGCAUUGUGGAAUUCAACAUCAUCUUCAUAAACAAAUAAAACAACAAGGUAUUUUUAUAUAAUAUUAUGAUUAUUUACAAAUACAAUAUAAAAUAAUUUAUUUUUUACAUUUUGUUAUUAAUCAGUAUUGACAAUCCAUGCCAAUAUAAAAUAAUAAAUAAAUAUAUUUAGUACAAUAAAUUAA